AUGUUCUGGUUUCAUCCAUCAGAUGUCUGUGAUCUCACACUGGACCUAAACACAGUAAACAGACACCUCUCUCUGUCUGAGGAGAACAGAAAGGUGACAUGGAGGAGAGAGAAGCAGCCGUAUCCUGAUCACCCAGAGAGAUUUAAGGACUGGGAACAGGUGCUGUGUAGAGAGGGUCUGACUGGGCGCUGUUACUGGGAGGUAGAGUGUAGUGGGAGGACUUUUAUAGGAGUGACAUAUAAAGGAAUCAGCAGGAGAGGAUGGGUUGAUGACUGUUGGCUUGGACACAAUGACAAGUCCUGGAGUCUGGAAUGUACUGACAACAGUUACUCUGUCUGGCACAAUAAUACUCCCACUACCAUAGACGUCCCCUCCUCCAGCUCCCACAGAGUAGGAGUGUAUCUGGACUGGCCAGCCGGCACUCUGUCCUUCUACAGAGCCUCCUCUGACACACUGACCCACCUGUACACAUUCACCUCCACAUUCACUGAGCCCCUCUAUCCAGGGUUUAGGGUGGAUGUUGACUCCUCAGUGUCCCUGAAAUCACACACUGGAGACACACACACAACCUGGAGACACACACACACACAUACACACACACAGGACACACACAUACACGCUGGAGACACACACACACACACACAUACACACACACAGGACACACACAUACACGCUGGAGACACACAAACACACACACACUGGACACACACACUGAAACACACACACACUGGACUGACACACACACUGGACUGACACACACACUGGACUGACACACACACACACACACUUAUUGACACACACACACUGGACAAACACACAGACUGGACUAAAAAACACACACACACAAAUACACACACACACACUGGACAUACACACAAACACACACACUGGACAC